AUCAUCCCCCGCCGCCACCCGCGCGACACGGAGUUCUGCAGUUCCCCUUCGUCACGCCGUGGAGCCCCCCCCCCCCGCGCGCCACCCCGGGCACCCCGCACUUUCCCUCCACCGCCGCAGUCCGAGAGAGACCUGCUGGUGGGAGGAGGCGGUCCUCGGGAAAAGGGAAAGAGCAGCAAGCCGAGCGGAGAGAAAGCGGCUAGGGAUGCCCGAACGCUCCCAGCCUGCGGCAGGAUGGCGAGGCGGGCAGCGUCGGCCAAGGAACCAGCAGCGGGGGCUUCCGGUGGGCUGAGAGGACCCGGAGCCAAACGGCAGCAGCUUCCCCUCAGGAGGCGUUGCUGAAACACCUCUCCUUCCCGCCUCACAGGGGGAGCGCCAAGUUCGGACUGCAGGGAGGUGGGGGCGGCCUAGAGGGACCACAACGACACCCCCUCCCACUUUCCUCAGCGUCUUUCACCUGCGUCAUGAAGCAUCGCCCUCCUCCCUUCACGGCUGCGGGCGCUCGCCCUUUUCCUUGACGCCUCCCUUUGGGGUGGCGCGCGCUGCCCCCCUCCCCGCCCUCCGCUUCGUUCUGUGCCCCCCCCCAGCGCGCCGGACCUUCUCUCCGUCCCCAGGUUGGCCCAUCCUGUGUGGGAUACCCUCGCCCCGCUGACCAUGCCUGGGAGUCCGUCCCCGCUGGUGGGGCUUCCCGCUCUCCCGAGGCCUCGCUCUUGGCAUCGCGGUCUGUCUUAGCAGCUGGUGGUUUGGCUUGGCAUCCAGUCUGUGGGCAGCCUGCUUUUUCUUUAUUUUCAUUUUGGUGGGGGUGGAGUUUGCACCUUCAAGCCUGGGAAGCGCAGCCGCCACUUGCAGCCGGUGGGAGGGAGGGGGGUGGCCUGCCUCUCUGCCCCGGAACAGGAGGAUGUCUCUCUUUACGAAGGCGCUGCGAGUCUCCAACCGCUCGAUUUUCGUCUUUCUCUUCUUCUUUUCCUUCUCCUCCUCUUGCCUGUAUUUCAUUUAUGUGGCACCCGGAAUAGCAAAUACGUAUCUAUUUAUGGUUCAAGCACGAGGUAUAAUGCUGAAAGAAAAUGUGAAAACAAUAGGGCAUAUGAUCAGGCUGUACACUAAUAAAAAUGCUACUUUAAAUGGCACAGAUUACCCUGAAGGCAACAAUUCAAGUGAUAACCUUGCACAAACUGUGAUGUACCUUCCAGAAAAUUUCACUUACUCUCCUAGCCAACCUUGUCCGGAAAAGUUGCCCUACAUGAGAGGCUUUAUUGAUGUCAAUAUGAGUGAAAUUGGUUUGGAUGAAAUUCAGAAGAUAUUUUCAAAAGAUUUAGACAUUGAACCAGGUGGUCAUUGGAGGCCCAAGGACUGUAAACCACGGUGGAAGGUUGCAAUACUCAUUCCUUUUCGGAAUCGCCAUGAACAUCUUCCAAUAUUUUUCCGACACCUGAUACCAGUGUUACAAAACCAAAGGCUGGAAUUUGCUUUUUAUGUUGUUGAACAGACUGGGACACAGCCAUUUAACCGAGCAAUGCUCUUCAACAUUGGUUUUAAAGAAGCCAUGAAGGAUGGUGACUGGGACUGUGUAAUUUUUCAUGAUGUGGAUCACUUACCUGAAAACGAUCGAAAUUAUUAUGGAUGUGGUGAGAUGCCACGACAUUUCGCCGCAAAGCUGGACAAAUAUAUGUACAUUCUUCCAUACAAUGAGUUCUUUGGUGGUGUAAGUGGACUAACAAUAGAACAAUUCAAAAAAAUCAAUGGAUUUCCAAAUGCUUUCUGGGGAUGGGGUGGAGAAGAUGAUGAUCUCUGGAAUAGGGUUCACUAUGUAGGAUACAACGUAUCAAGACCAGAAGGAGAGCUAGGGAAGUAUAAGUCUAUUCCUCAUCAUCACCGAGGAGAAGUUCAAUUCUUAGGACGGUAUAAACUAUUAAGAUAUUCCCGAGAGCGUCAGUACAUUGAUGGGUUGAAUAAUCUGCUAUAUACACCUACUGUCUUAGUCAGCAAAUUGUACACAAAUGUAACAGUAAACCUUAUGCCAGAACUAGCUCCUGUCCAAGAUUAUUAAUGGAACAGCAGAAUAAAUGGAUCAAACGUUUGAAAAUAUUGAUUUAAAACUGCAAGUUAAAGACAUCACAUCAGAUAUUUCUGAAGACUUAACAAAAGAAGUCAAAUGAUUGUAUGUAUGACUUUGUGCCAGUUUGUGAAAAGAAACCCGCCUAGUGGCUGCUACUUAAAAUGUUUACGUCAUGAAACCAACACUAUUCAAGCCUUGUUUGGGUACGUUUUUCACAACAGAAACCACUCGUCUCAGCUGUAAUUAACAGUCGUGUUGCUUGUCUAGAAGCCAAGAAAAAUCAUUUUCACCCAGGAAAUAUGCUUUCAAGAAAUCACAGUUAAAAUGAAGUUUUUAAUAUUUUUCAUGUUAUGUAAAUAUCUUUUAAAUUAACAUGCUUUUGAACAUGGUAGCAUUCAAGAGUUCUGUAUGUGCUUGAGAAUACUUGUGUUCAGUCUCUUGGAUUUUGUUUAUUGGCAUGAGAUAACAUGUAAGCAGUUAAUUCUGGACAAAGACUUUGAUUGGUUUACAAUGAAGGACCAAUUUGCUGCUUAUGGUUGUAAACUAUUUUGAGCUCCUAUAUACCUACAUACGUGAUUUUACCACUAAUUUUUCUGUGAAUAAUCUUUAAUUUUUUUAUUCUAUUUAUUACUUAGGCAAUGCCAUGAUUCCCUGAUUAUGCUUGAAAUAAUAUUGUUUAUGCAUAUUGCAUGUACAUUUUGGGAAUCCAUCAAGGAUGUUACUGUGUGCCAAUAGUGUUGG